CGCGCAGUGUCAGGGCUUAUGGAGAGAAGAUGCCCACUGCCAUCAUCCCCGUGUAGUGCAGGAGAGCUACAAACCGGUCAUAUUUACCGCACACUCUGUUGUCUUUCAGCACGGCUGCAUGUUGUAGCCUGACACAAGAAGCCCGAUGUCUGUGGCAAAUGCGAAACACACUGUCCUGAAUCCGGUGAUCCCAUACACAGGGCCCAUACCUGGAGGCCUGCACCCUGGGGAGAUCAUCAUCAUCCAGGGCAUCGUGCCCCCAGAUGCUGACAGGUUUCAGAUUGACCUGUCUAGCGGCUGCAGCACCAAGCCGCGGUCUGACGUCGCCCUCCACUUCAGCCCUCGCUUCAAAGGCUCGCCCUGUGUGGUGUGUAACUUCCUACUGCAGGAGAGCUGGGGCAAAGAGCAAACGCUCCAUCAGCUGCCCUACAAACGCGGAGCCCCCUUUGAGACCAUCAUCCUGGUGCACGAAGACGUCUUCAAGGUGGCAGUAAAUGGCACUCACCUGCUGGAAUUCAAGCACAAAAUCCCGCUUAACAGGGUCGACACGUUCUCUAUUUCCGGGAAUGUCAGAGUGAACGCUAUCGGCUACAUCCCAAACUCAGCAAUAUAUUCAGAAUCAGGUGACUUGAGCCUUCCUUACAAAGGCAGUAUACUCAAAGGACUGAGCCCUGGACAGCACAUCACCAUCAAAGGACAGGUCAGCAUGUAUCCUCACAGUUUUACAGUGAACUUCCGCAACAGCAGGACAGAGAACAUCGCUCUCCAUCUGAACCCGCGCAUGAAGUCGGGCGCGUUCAUCAGGAACUCGUACCUGAGUGAGUCCUGGGGUCAGGAGGAGCGGGAGCUGCCCUUCUUUCCCUUCUCGUCAGGGGAGUACUUUGAGUGUUUUGUUUUGUCAGAUUCUCCUCCUCUGUCAGCCUCAUCAGUUCAAGCUGGCGGUGAACGGCUCACACUUGUUCGACUUCAGACAUCGGGUGCAGGACCUGAGCAGCAUUGACCAGCUGGAGAUCAUGGGGGACCUGGAGCUGAAUGACGUGAAACUGUGGUGACUCGGGACUCUAGAUUUACACAGAAGCCAGCGUUACAGACACUGCUGUGUUCUGGUUAUGAGUGCUAAAUUAGCUUAGCUGCAAUGACCCAGACAGUGGAAGCUGGAAACUGCAAACACUGUGCUGACUUCAGGUCAGCUGAGUCAUGCAGCAUCCACAGGUCACUGACUUUAAGCUAGUCUAGCAUUUUUGGUGGCAUGGACAGGCCCUACCAUGGAGCAUUAAUGGUCCAUGUUUCCAGCCCUGGCUAGACGACUGAUGCAUGAGAGUUAGCUGUGCUGGAGCAUCAGGCUGUGAGCCGCCAUGACUGUUUACAAGUUAGGUUUGCCUUGGUUCAACUCUUAUACCGUCUCUAGUGCAUCUCUGCUGUGAUACGCCCUUUGUGCACUGUUUAAUUAAAACAGGAAAUAUGUGUAAAUGUUAAUAAGCACUUGGCUUUGUUUAAAUGCCAAGACAGUCAGCAAAUACAGAAAUUGAAGGGCUCCAUUAUUUUGGAGCAAGGCCCAAUAAAGAUUUAUUGUACAGUCGAAUUAAAAAGCUUUGAAAUAUUUGUCAUAAUUGCUAAAUAUUUUUACUUUUAGAAUUUUAUUUUAAUGCACGUUCAAAAUAAUUUCAGUAUUUUUUUAAAAUUUUAUUUAACAGGGCGUGCCCACUUUUUUUCCUUCCAUUUCUUUUUUUUAAAAUCAGUCUGCUACAAAGGUUGUGAUCCUCAGGAUUCUUUAACACAUCAAAGCAUCCCAUGCGUUUCAAUUUAACAUGUAAUGGUACAGCAGAACUCAAGCACAGUGCAGUACAGGGUCUGUUUAAAAUAUUUCAAUAACCUAACGAAUGACAUUGUGCAAUCUUUAUGCAAGCCGUAGAAUAUAGUAGAAACCUGCAUCUGUGACCUUCUCUCGUCUCACUGCUCUCCCACUCAGUGCUGCAAAAGAAACAAAAAAUCUGGGAUAUUUCUUUUUCAAUGUUAAUGGAAUUUUUUUUUUGGUUGUCUGUUGUAAUUGUUGUAAAAUAUGUAUGAAAAUCUUCCCUAUAUGUAUCAUAAACGAUUUAAUAACAAAUAAAUGUGUUGCUAUUAUCAUUUUGUA